GUAUGUUUCAUUAACCUAAUUUUCUAGUGCCAUAAGUCUCUAGCUCUGGUCUUUAAUAUUACUUUUAUGAGUUACACGAAGCUUUAAAAAAUUCUAUACAAACUAUAGUAAGUCUAGGUUUACUCAGAAGUCAGAAUUGUUAAUAAUACACCACAACCUAUAUAAUAACCCAAGAUUUUACUUAUAAAAUAAAGGUUACCAGAGUAACCUGCAUGUGUUGUCUCCACUUCUUACUAAUGCAUAACCUAGCAAUUGUAUGUUCUGAAUAAAUAAUUUAACUCAUGUUUAAUAAGAGAGCGAAAUGACCUAUUAUGUAGGUAAUUUAGAACUAAGAAUAUUAUCCACCGAAGGUCAUAGGUCUUUUUAUUUAUAUUUUAAUUGAUAAAUUUAAAGCUAAAUAAAUCGUACAUUUUAAAAUGCUUAUCUCACUUUAAAAUUUAAAUAUAAAAUAACCUUUGAGGCUCACUAGAUUAUAUUCCUACUUCAACAUUUGAUAAUUCAAUUCAUUCUAGUAUUAAACAUAAAAGAGUUAAAUAAAUUAUUUAACACAAUUUUUUAUGUUCUGCGUUUGUAGGAUGGUUAGACAAUGCAUGGAGAUGUACCGUUCUCUUAAAAUAGCUUUUUAAGUCUAUGGUCUUAUUACUUUUUAGAUUUUUAUGAAUAUAUGUAUUUUAAAUCCAAGUUUUAUUUUAGGAAUUACACUUGGAACAUAAUAAUCUUACAAUGAUUAGUGAGACAAAUUUGAACAAUAUAUUACCCAACUUAAAAUACUUAACAAUGAACAGUAAUUCAUGGAUAUGUGAUUGCAAUGCUAAUAAUACUAUCAAUUUUAUUCACAAAUAUUCAUCUAAGAUUUUUGAUUUAUUCAAUAUCACAUGCGAUCAGUCAUCAACUCUGUUAUACACCCUGACUGAGAAAGAAGUAUGUCAAGAUGAAUUAAAUACUGCCAUGAACAUCACUGUAUUAAUGUUUUUAGCCGUGUUGGGUUCAGCAUUUAGUUUAGGUUUGUUAUGGAUGUUGUAUUAUAGCAGUGGAGUCAUUCGGGGGUUGGCAAUUGGGGCAGUUGCCCCAGUCUAAUAUUUAUAUCAACUUUAAGUCAGCACAUUUACCAACACCAGCCCCUCCCCCCCCCCCCUUAACCAUUACGGAACUAUGCUAUGAGAAUCUGAGUGAAAAAAUGUUGAGUCGGAAGAGUAGUGAAAAGUUGCCCUAGUCUAAUAAAAACUGAAAUGACGCCACUGUUGUAUAGUAACAACAAGAAUACAAGACUAAAAUCAAAAUAUGGCUGUACUCUCAUAACAUAACAUGACCCAUAUCUGAAGAAUCUCUCGACCAGGAUAAAAAAUAUGAUGCAUUUAUUAGUUUCUCUCACAUAGACAUAGAAAUUGUUGAAAAGCAUUUAGUACCAGACUUGGAAGGAGGCAGCUCAUUUAAACUUUGUCUUCACUAUAGAGACUGGGUAGUCGGCGAUUAGAUUUCUAAUCAAAUUGCUCGCUCAGUUGAAAAAUCUUGAAGAACUAUUAUUGUAUUAUCAAAAAAUUAUUUAGAGAGUUUUUAUGGUCGUACAGAGUUUAGUACAGCUUAUUCCAGUGCUCUGAACGAACGCCGCAGUCGUACAAUCAUCAUACUUUAUAAACACAUAUCAGCCAAAGAUUUAGAUUCAGAGUUAGAAAACAUAUCUGUCCAUGAAUACUUAUAUUAAAUGGGGUGAUGGUUAGUUUUGGGAGAAAUUGAAAUAUACUCUUCCGCAUAGACCAGCGACGAAAAACAAAAUUAGACCUAAGAUAAUAGUACCAGAUAAAUUAAAUUCUGUUCAGUUAACAUAACUUUUAUUUUAUAACCGAUAACCUGUUUUAAU